AGAGAGAGAGAGAGAGAAUGGAUUCCUGUAAUUUGUUAGAGAAGCCUCAUGUAGUUUGCAUACCAUACCCAGCUCAAGGCCACAUAAACCCCAUGAUGAAGAUAGCAAAACUCCUCCAUUACAAAGGCUUCCAUAUAACCUUUGUAAACACCGAGUUCAACCAUAAACGCCUCCUCAAAUCCCGAGGUUCAGACUCACUCAACGGCCUCCCAUCCUUCCGAUUCGAAACCAUUCCCGACGGCCUUCCUCCAUCCGAUAUCGACGCCACCCAAGACAUCCCCUCCUUGUGUGAGUCCACUUCCAAACAUUGCUUGGCUCCAUUCAGAGACCUCCUUUCCAAACUUAACGACACCUCCUCGAGCGUACCUCCCGUCACUUACAUAGUUUCUGAUUGUACCAUGACCUUUACAGUCGCAGCUGCAGAAGAACUAGGCAUCCCUGUAGUUAUUUUCUGGCCAACCAGUGCUUGUGCCUCAAUGGCCGUCCUGCAAUUCCGCAAUCUCAUCGACAAGGGCUUUAUACCUCUCAAAGAUUCUACUUACAUAAUAAAUGGGUAUUUGGAUACAGUCAUAGACUGGAUCCCUGGAAUGAAAGGUGUUUGUUUGAAGGAUCUUCCAAGUUUUAUUAGAACCACGGACCUGAAUGAUAUUGUCAUGAAAUUUUUCUUGAAUGAAGCUGAGAGAUCUAAAAGGGUUUCGGCGAUUAUGCUGAAUACGUAUGAAGUAUUGGAGCAUGAUGUUAUCGAUGCACUUUCAUCCAUUCUUCCCCCAAUUUAUACUGUUGGACCUUUGCAUUUGCUCGAAAAUCAAAUUAAUGAUAACGAACUGAAGUUGCUUGGAUCAAAUCUUUGGAAAGAAAGGUCAGAGUGUCUUGAAUGGCUCGACUUGAAAGAACCUAAGUCUGUUGUUUAUGUUAAUUUUGGAAGCAUCACUAUCAUGACACCCAAACAACUUGUUGAGUUUGCUUGGGGAUUAGCUAAUAGCAAUCAAAUCUUUUUGUGGGUAGUAAGGCCUGAUCUUGUUAUUGGUGAUUCAGCUGUUCUUCCACCUGAAUUUGCGGCAGAGACAAAAGAUAGAGGCCUAUUAGCAGGUUGGUGUCCUCAAGAAAAAGUUAUUUGUCACCCUUCCAUUGGCGGAUUUUUAACUCACAAUGGGUGGAAUUCCACACUUGAAAGUUUAAGUGCUGGAGUGCCAAUGAUCUGUUGGCCAUUUUUCGCGGAUCAACCGACCAUUUGUUGGUCUUGCUGCACUCAAUGGGGCGUUGGCUUGGAGAUAGACAACGAUGUUAAGAGAAAUGAAAUUGCGAGCCUUGUGAGAGAGUUGAUGGUUGGAGAGAGAGGCAAUGACAUGAAGAAGAAGGCGUUGGAUUGGAAGCAAAGGGCCGAAGAAGCCACUAGAGGUUCAGCUGGAUCAUCCUACAUGAAUCUGGAGAAAAUGAUCAACCAAGUGCUUCUCUCCCAGAAACAACAUACGCCAUAAGACACAAUGCAAUCCAAAAGAUUAUGCUGCAAAACAAUGAUUUUGAUUUCACAGAAUAAUGUUCCUUAUGUGAGUUAUGUCCCUCUAAACAAAAUGUAAGAAUUGCAUGUCUGAGCAGAAUAUUAUAGUUUAAAAUCUUUGAGCCUGUCUGGCUGCCUCAAUUUUGCAAUUGUACAGAUGAUAAAACAUUUAGUGCUAUGAAAUGGAGGAGCUUCAGACAGCAACACCCACCACAGAGCAAAGCAAACUUAAACAGAGGAGGCCUUGUAAACAACAGUUACAGGUUUGAUUUGUUUAUAAGACGAGCAUUUUGACACUUACUGAAGCUUGGAGAGGAGCACCUUGGCAACCACUUUAUCAUAGUAGUUAUUGUAAGAUGACCCAGUUGGACUAGUGGCUUCUUCAGCCAACUUCUUCCACUCCAUUGCUUUUCUCUUAAUCUCUUUCCCCUUCUCUCCAGCCAUCAACUCGCUCACUAGCCUCUCUACUUCCUCUUUUGUAAGAUCUGUUAUCUCCAUGCCUAUGCCCCAAUGGUUACAACAGAACCAACAAUUGGUUGGUUGCCCUGCGAAAGCUGGCCAACUUAUCACACAUGGGCGCGAGGGCUUCCAAAACAUGAUGCUCCGAGACAUCAAUUGUACUCAAAACGAUGGCAGAAGCACUAUGAGAAUUCUCGGCCUCGUUUAUGGCAAAAUUAAGCAUAACAUAUUUCGGGUUUGUGAUUCGUAUGAAAGCUGGGAGCUCAUUCAAACGUAUACCUUUCAUGCCCGGUAUCCGAUCAAUAACUGUGUCUAGGUACCCAUAAGUCAUAUCACUGUCACCUGCAGUUCACAUCAUUGGUGGAUUAGAAACCAGACUCAAGAUGCAAUGCUACAGAAGCCAGAGGAAAUGCAAGUUUGUCGACGGCUUUGGGGCCGCGGGAACGGAGGAGGCGGCGUUGGUUGUACUCUGUUUUGACGAAGGUUAUUUUGAAGCCUCUCUGGUAUAGGAGUUUUGCGAUUUUGAGCAUUGGGAAUACAUGGCCCUGUGCUGGGUUUGGGACCAUAACCGCAUGAGGCUGAGGUUUCUCUGUGGUUCCCGCCAUUGUUCUUCUCUUGGUCUCUCACUCCUCGCUACACCUUUAUAAGGUUGGCAAUGGUCAAGUGUACAACGUGACU